AUGGAUCCCUCGGGCCUAGAGUCCCACCCUACCCCACAAGAGUCUGACCGCACAGACCUAGAUUUCUCUCCUGGCCAAGAUUAUUUCUCUACUAGCCAUGAGUUCGACUCUCUCUACCUAGAAUUGGACUUGGACUCUCUUAACGAAGACCUUUCUCAGCCCAUGACAGGCGCCAUGACAGGGACCUCUGCAGGCGCGUAUGAACCCCAUCCACCUACCAAACCAGAGGAUCUCACAGAGGCCGAGCAGAAAAAGCUCAGGUCCGAGCUCACUAAAUUGGAAGCUGAAAUUGUAACCCUACGCCAUGCGCUAGCAGCCAAAGAAAGACACUGCGUGGAGCUCAAGAGGAAGCUGGGCCUCACGGCCUUGGUGGGGCUGAAGCAGAAUCUGUCCACGAGCUGGCGCGAGGUUCAGGUCUCCAACGCCUACAUGAAACAAAAGACGUCAGCUGCACUGUCCACCAUGGGCUCGGCCAUCUGCAAGAAGCUUGGAGACAUGAAGAAAUCAGCCACAUUCAGAUCCUUUGAAGGUCUGGUGGGGACAAUCAAGUCCAGAGUUGCAGGUGGCAGAGAGCUUGACAAUGACUCCCUUCCUUCUUCAGCGGGGUGUGGGGAUGAUUGGCCCCCAGUUUCGGGGAAUAGAGAUGAUUCACCCCCAAUUACAGGGAGUGAGAAUGAUCCAGUUGCAGGGAGUGGAGAUGAUCUGGUUACGGGAACUGGGGAUGACCUGCUUCCCUUUCUGGAGCAGGAAUGA